GGAGGCGGUGCGUUGCCGCGGAGACGGAGGAGGGCGGCUGGGACGCACGCGCCAGUUCGCUGCCCUAGUCACGCGGAGGGGUUGAAGAUGGCGGCAGCCGAGGCGGUGCAAGAGAUGCGGACCCGCGUGGUUCUAGGGGAGUUUGGGGUUCGCAAUGUUCAUACCACCGACUUUCCCGGUAAUUAUUCGGGCUAUGAUGAUGCCUGGGACCAAGACCGCUUCGAGAAGAAUUUCCGUGUGGAUGUGGUGCACCUGGAUGAAAACUCAUUGGAGUUCGACAUGGUGGGAAUUGAUGCAGCCAUUGCCAAUGCUUUUCGACGCAUUUUAUUAGCUGAGGUGCCAACCAUGGCUGUGGAAAAGGUCCUGGUGUACAACAACACAUCCAUUGUUCAGGAUGAGAUCCUUGCUCAUCGCUUGGGGCUCAUUCCCAUUCACGCUGAUCCCCGUCUUUUUGAGUAUCGGAACCAAGGAGAUGAAGAAGGCACAGAGAUAGAUACUCUGCAGUUCCGGCUUCAGGUCAGGUGCACGCGGAACCCCCAUGCCGCUAAAGAUUCCUCUGACCCCAACGAACUCUAUGUGAACCACAAAGUGUACACCAGGCACAUGACAUGGGUGCCCCUGGGGAAUCAGGCUGACCUCUUCCCAGAGGGUGCUAUCAGGCCGGUGCACGAUGAUAUCCUCAUCGCCCAGCUGCGGCCUGGCCAGGAGAUUGACCUGCUCAUGCACUGUGUCAAGGGCAUUGGCAAAGACCAUGCCAAGUUUUCACCUGUGGCAACAGCCAGUUACAGGCUCCUGCCAGACAUCACCCUGCUUGAGCCCGUGGAAGGGGAGGCAGCGGAGGAGCUGAGCCGGUGCUUCUCACCUGGGGUCAUUGAAGUGCAGGAAGUCCAAGGUGAAAAGGUGGCCAGAGUUGCCAAUCCCCGGCUAGAUACCUUCAGCAGGGAAGUGUUCCGGAACGAGAAGCUAAAGAAGAUGGUACGACUUGCUCGGGUUCGCGAUCACUACAUCUUCUCUGUCGAGUCAACAGGUGUGUUGCCCCCAGACGUGCUAGUGAGUGAAGCCAUCAAGGUGCUGAUGGGGAAGUGCCGGCGGUUCCUGGAUGAACUAGAUGCAGUUCCGAUGGACUGAGGUUUGCACCGGACUUCUUCGCAUGGUGGGGCUGGCUAUGCUCCUGAGCCAAGUGGAAGAUUUUGGGUCCUGACCUGCCCUCACAGGACUGCUACAGAGUCCAGUGUGACUGGAUGUCCUGGGUUUUCUGGGACAAUCCUAUCCUUAUUUUCAGUCAAUACAUUUUGUUGAAUGUGCCACAAAAUGUGACCUUGUGCCUUUGUAAGGCCUUCAUGUAAAUAAAUCCACAUCCAAAUAAAAA